UCAAGGCCCGUUUCUUGUCUGCACUUGCCAGUCAAUUAUGUUGCACAUCUCGUUAAAAAAACAGUUUGAGUAGUCUUUUUUUUGUGUACUCUCGCGGGAAGGAAAAAAAAACGGAUUUUAUCCCCGUUUGCGAUUUGAAAGAUGUAGCAAGCUUCGUUGAGUGUUUUGUUUUGCCAGAAACAAAUCUCUUCACAAGACAAGUAUAUUCCUGUCACAUCGUUUUUAGGUUGUCAUCGUGUUUGCAAUUGUCUCUUUUUGAUGUUAAUUCGAAUGUUUUUCUUGUGCUUGGAAGCGUCAUAACCUAGGCAUUGCAUUUGCAUCCAUACGAUUGGCGCUGAAGUCUCGAACCUCUUUGUGUGUCGAAUUUUGUGACGUUACGUUUAGCGCGCGGGCGUUUAUGUCGCGUUGUAUGAAAGUACUCGCUAUGAAAAACGUUCGUUUGAUUUAAGGAAUAACUUGUGAUCAAGGGAAAAAACUUCCCAAAAGCCGAGGACAUGGCUGCAGAAAAACUCAGUCAAGGCAUCAAGCGUAAGACGACUAACGAGGACGAGUCACCUACGCAGAAGCGCCUCCGUAAAACCGUCAACGACAGCUUUGAAGAGCUCGAGGAUGGCGCGCUUGUGGCAGGGAAAAUCACACGAGUUUUCAUGAAGAACUUCAUGUGUCAUGAUGCCAUGGAAGUGAAUUUUAAUCAAAGAGUAAACUUUAUUGUUGGUGCAAAUGGCAGUGGCAAAAGUGCCAUACUCACAGCUUUGACAGUUGGUUUGGGAGCCAGAGCUAAAAUCACCAACAGAGGACCAUCCAUCAAGGAGUUCAUCAAAAAAGGAAAAAGCUCGUGUCUUAUUGAGAUAUCUGUUACAAACGACGGCCCAUUACCUUAUAAGUAUGAGAACUAUGGAAAUAUAAUUACCAUAGUUCGUACAAUAUCACAGUCUGCAUCAGGGUACAAAAUCAAAAAUUGGAAAGGAGAUACAAUUUCUACUAAAAGAGAGGAGCUUGAUAGCAUUAUUCAACAGCUGAAUAUACAAGUUGAUAAUCCAAUUUCAGUAUUAAAUCAAGAUGUAUCUAGAACUUUUUUAGUAUCAGCUAAUUCUAGUGAUAAGUACAAGUUAUUUAUGAAAGCGACUAGAUUAGAUGUUAUUGGCGAAAACUACAGGAAAGCUGCAGAAUCGAGUGAAGUUACUAAGCAGAGUCUGCAGGAAGCAAGAAAGCAUCUUUCUGAAAAUGAAAACGACAUAGCGCGGAUUAAAAAGAAACUUAAGGCUCUGGAUUCUCUUGUUGAAACCCGUGAAGAAUAUAAUAGUGUCAAUAACGAAAUCAUGUGGGCGACUGCAAUUCAAGAAGAAAAGAAAUUAUUGGAUAUUGACGCUAAAAUAGAAAGCCAACAAGCCAAUGUGGAAAAACUAAAAAAUUUAGAGUCAUCAAAGGCUACCAAAGAACAAAAAAUCAACGAAAAAAUCGAGGUAUUAAAACAGGAAAUAGCUCAACAUGAAGCUGAAGCAUCUGGCAGUGAAGCUAAACUUAAUGAAGUUAAGCAAAGUUUAAAGGAGGCUAGUAAAUUACAUGAUCAGAAAAAAGAAAAAUGGAGAGCAAUUCAUCAAAGCAUCAAAAGAAAAGAAAAUGAAAUAUCUGAUGUAUCAAACGAAAUUAAAAAAUUAGAAAAAGCAAGAGGUGGUGCCGAAAAGCAAGAAUUAACUGAAGAACUUAAAAAGUGUGAAGAAGAACUUGAAACAGUUGUAGCUACUUUGCAAACAAAACAAACUGAACUCAUGCAUUUUGAAGAAAACAAACGACUCCUUGAUCAACAGUAUCACAAUGCUUCAAUGGACGUUGAACAGAAAAAAAUUAAUCUAACAAAAUUGCGACAGAAAUUAACUGCUUUCAAAAGGCAAUCUAGUGAUGUUUUGACUGUUUAUGGGCAAAACAUGCCUCGUCUUUUAAAACGAAUUGAAGAAGAGCAUCAAAAAGGAAGGUUUAAACAUAAGCCUGUUGGUCCCCUAGGCCAUUUUAUCAAAGUCAAAGAUCCACGAUGGAUACCAGCAGUGGAAAAUCAUUUAGGAUUUGGAACACUUACUUUAUUUUGCGUGGAUAACAUUCAAGACAAUCGUGUUUUGACUGUGAUAAUGAACGAAGUGUUCAGAGGAGAUCGUCUACCUCAAGUUGUCAUCAGUAGAUUUUUUGACAGAGUGCAUAAUGUAAGUGAAGGCUGUACUCAUUCACCGAGGUAUAUGAAUCUUUUGGAUGCUAUGGAAAUAUCUCAUCCCGUAAUAGCUAAUUCUUUGAUAGAUCAAAGAGAAGUCGAAUGUAUACUUUUGAUUCCAACAUCUGAUGAAGCUUGUGAAGUGAUGUCAGAUGCAAGAAAAGUACCACAAAAUACUAGACGGGCAAUCACAAUGAAUGCUGAUUUGUUUUUCCCAGACCCUCAAUACAGGACUUAUGGUGGCAGUGUCACCAAACCAAGAUACUUACAGGUGUCUACUAGUGAUGCUAUUCAGUCGUUGCAAGAAGAAAUUGGUGUUGCUGAAGAUGAACUGCGUCUUGCUGAAUCACAAUGCUUAAGUAUUCGUGAAAAAAAGUUAUGUAUUGCACAGGAGCUUAAUCAAGUUCUGGCUCACGUUAAAAAUCUAAAGCAGAAUCAACAAAAUUUGAGUAACAAAAUUGACAAAUUGAAAGAUCAACUUGACACAUACAAUGAUGAAAGUAUAAACGCAUUUAAAACAGAACUCGAAAUAUGUCACAAAUGGCUUGCUGAGAAGAAGGAGGAAGAAAGUCGAAUGGCAGUAGAGUUCAAUGAGUCGAAGAAACAUGUAAAUACUUUGAAUGAUGAAUGCAAAGUACAGCGAGAUCUUAGAUUAAAUCUUGAUGCCAAAUUACAACCCAUUAAGGAUCACAUUAAAGAACUGAAAGACGAAAAAAACAGACUUAAUGUUUCGAAUAAAGGUGCAGCGCGCAGAAUGGAAGAAGCCAAACAGAUCCUUCAAAAGUUAGCUGGUGAGCAUGAACAGCAACAGCGAGUCGUUAAUUCAAAGGUUGAAAGUGCCGAAAAUACCUGUCCACGAAUGGAAUCAACAAGAUCGAUUGGUGACUUGAAUAAUCGAUCAAAAGAACUCAAGGUGAUGAUUGAAACUAUGGAGAGAGAACAUGGAUCAAAAGAUGAUUUGUUGAAAGAGCUUGAAGAAAAACAAAAAAUGUUUUAUGGCGUUCGUGAAUUUGCUGUAGAGUUGCAGAGGAGCAACGAUAAACAUAUGGAUCGUUUGAGAAAACGCAAGGUGUUUUACAACGAAAUGAAAAAAAAAAUAAGCGAAAGAGUGCAAAAGUCAUUCUCAAAUAUUUUAUCUCUUAGAAAUUAUAAGGGAAAAAUAACAAUUGAUCAUCACAAAAAAGAACUGUCACUAGAAGUAACACCGAAAAAUGAUGCUAAGCGAACAACUCAUGAUGCCAAAGCCCUUUCAGGUGGUGAACGUUCUUACUCUACUGUAGCUUUUAUUUUAGCACUGUGGGACAGUACAAGAUUACCAUUUUAUUUUUUAGACGAAUUUGAUGUGUUCAUGGAUAAAAUUAAUCGCCGAGUGAUCCUUGAUAUUCUCUUGCAACAUGCACAAAAUCAUCCUCAUAGUCAGUUUGCCUUUUUGACUCCACUAGAUACCUCGCAUAUUAUAGCUGAUAACUCUAUAACUAUUCAUAGAUUGGCUCCUCCAGAGAGAUCAUCGUAAAAAAAAUAAUUUUAAAAAGUAUUGAGUUAAAUUAUUCUAAGUGUUAGUUUUGUCGUGUGUUUCAAAGGUUAAUGUUGAAAAAAAAACCUGGAUGUUUAUUUUUGAUAAUUUAUGUGUUAGUUUUGUACUGCAGAUUCAAUGUGUUUGUGAGUGCCUGAUCUGGUGCCUUGUUUCAUCAAAAAAUAGAUAUUAAAAAAAGAAAACAUUUAGUACAAACUCAAUGAAAAAAAAAAAAAAUCACACUUGUAACAUUUUAUUUGUUUCAUCCUAUCAUGCGUAACUAAGCCUGCAAAUGUUAU